AUGGUGCUGUCGCUGAACGUCGCGGUGGACGACCGGGCGGUCAUGUCCUUCACACCCGUCACGGAGCAGGGGCCCGUGGACUGGAGCCACGUGCCGCAGUCGAAGGCCAUCCAGGAGGUCAUUCAAAAGCAAUACACUCUACCACCCAUCGUUGUGGAGAGGGUGAAGAACCACGUCUUCUAUAACGAGUCCUGUGUGGGUCGCACGAUGUACUGCCUGUAUGGCUCAGUGUGCUGUUGCCUGCCGUUCUGCAUCUGUGGGGUGGACCAUAGCACAUGGGACAACGAGCGGGAUGUCGACCUGGUCAGGCAAGAAGUGGUGAAAUUGCUGAAUUCGAUACGCAUCGAACCCGAGGCGUACAAGAUCGAUGAGUUUGGGGGCAGCACGGAGGCCUUCACCGGUAGCCGGAACGUUCUGAGACUCCACUUCAACGAUCCCAAUGUGCACGAGCUGUAG